GAUGUCCGGAUUCUUUCGCAGCGUGGCGUCGCCACUGCACGGCACGUCGCAGAGAAUCCUGUUGAAUUGCAUGCUCUCCACUUUGCCCGUCUCCCGGAUCAUGCACUGCAAGUCCGGGAAGCCCUCGCUGUCCUCAGCUACUUCUACGAGUACAACAUUCCUCAGCAAAGGAUCUAUUCGCCGAGAAGAGCAGCAUUAUCCUGAAAUUAUGGAUCUCAUCGCAUACGACUUUCCGGGAAGCCGACAAACUGCCAAACUUCUACCGGCGCCACGACAAGGCGGCGGAGCGGAUUGCCGGCGCAGGGGGCGAUUGAGGAGGUGCUGCAGCACAAGCUGACAGGCUGCAGGAAGUCGCACGAGGGCAAAAUCAGACACAAAGCCGGGCGUGCAGCAACUCACGGUGAGUGUU